AUGGCAUUAUUGACAAGGAGGAUCUCCGGGACACCUUUGCCGCCAUGGAACAAGGAACUCGAUGCAAUGAUGGAGGAGGCCAGUGGGCCCAUCAACUUCACUGUCUUCCUGACCAUGUUUGGAGAAAAGCUUAAGGGUGCAGACACUGAGGACGUGAUCACUGGAGCUUUCAGGGUCCUGGACCCAGAGGGGAAGGGCACCAUCAAGAAGCAGUUCCUGGAGGAGCUGCUUAUCACACAGUGUGACAGAUUUUCCCAGGAGAAGAUCAAGAACAUGUGGGCAGCCUUCCCUCCAGAUGUGAGCGGUAACGUAGACUACAAGAACAUCUGCUAUGUCAUCACACACAGUGACGCUAAGGACCAGGAAUAGGGGACCCAAGACCUCAGAAGACCUAGAUAGGC